AUGUCUUCUGAAGAAAUUCCCGAGAAAGCUGGAAUUGAUGAGCUUCAUGAUCGGAGCACUAACCAGCUGAAUACUGCCAAUCCCACGGGCGGCAUUUCUUUUGCCGACCCAAAGCCGCCCAUGAGUGCAACUAUCCAGGGCGGGCGGGAUUUAGGACUGCGCCGGGAACUUACUCACGACGAGAAGGAGCUUGCCAAUGCCGGCUAUGAGGAGCUUGAGUCGAAGAUGAAGGCUAAAGCACUCGAGGGCGUUUCGGCGGACAUUUCUGAACACAAAUUGAGUCCUGCAAAGGUCGCAGAGGCCAUGGGUACCUCGAUCAAUCUUGGCAACCCCAGUGCCAGCUCCGGUUUAACAGCCGAAGAAGCACAAGCCAGGCUAGCCCGAGAUGGUCCCAAUCAAUUGACUCCACCCAAGAAGAAGAGUGCACUGCGCAAGUACUUUGACGCCUUGUUGUCUUUAUUCAACGUGCUCUUGAUUCUCGCCGGUGUUCUGGAAUACGUCUUACUGGCGAUAGAUUUUGAGAACAACAAGGCCAAUGAGUACUUGGGGGCCAUUCUCAUUAUCGUCGCGUUUUUAAACGCAUUCAUAGAAUGGUACCAAGGGCAAAAGGCCGAUGCGAUCCUAGCCUCCUUCUUGUCAAUGAUGCCUCCCUCGUGCAAAAUUGUUCGUGGAGGCGAAAUCAGCUCCAUUCCUGCUCAAGAGCUGGUCAAAGGUGACAUUGUCUUCAUCAAGAUGGGCGACAAAGUCCCUGCCGAUUUGGUCCUUUUCUCUGCUUCGGACGUCAAAGUUGACAACUCGAGUUUGACCGGAGAGUCAGAGCCACAGGAAAGAUCUGUUUUUGCCGAAGGAGAUCCUGUCCGCCCUGUCGAAGCCCGCAAUCUCCUAUUUAAUUCCACCCUUGUGGUAUCAGGUGAAGGUUUUGGUAUCGUUGUUCGCACAGGUGAUCACACAUUCAUUGGACAAAUUGCUGGAUUGACCGGUGGCGAAGCUGACAACAAGAGCCCACUUGCCCAGGAAAUUGAUGACUUCGUCAAGAUCAUUUCGUGUAUCGCUAUCAUCACUGCCAUCAUCUUUUUCGGUGUGGGAAUCGGAACCACCUACAAAGGGAAGAUUGCCGCCACAGUCACCUUUGCCGUCUCCGUCUUAGUAGCUUGGGUUCCUGAAGGAUUACCGGCCACCGUUACUCUCUUAUUGUCCAUUGCAGCCAAGCGCAUGGCGAAAGCUAAGGUGCUUGUUAAAGACUUGCAAGGUGUUGAAACUCUAGGUGCCUUGACAAUGCUUGCCACCGACAAAACCGGUACAUUGACCAGAAAUCAGAUGACAGUAACUGCCAUGUGGACCAAUCUAAAGAUGAGCAGUGCUUUCGAGAGUCACAACGACGAGGCGGAGGUGCAGCAUUUCAAGAAAGAAGACCUAGGAGUUCGCGAAAUACUUGAUAUCUGCACUUUGUGUUCCAAAGUGAAGUUUGACAAGAUGGACAUCCCAUUCGAACAACGAGAAAUCUUGGGCGAUGCCACCGAAAGCGGGCUGACCCGCUUUGCUGGCAAAAACCUCGAAUUCGAUCAAGUCCGCGAAAAGCACCCCGAGGCCUACUCCAUUCCCUUCAACAGUACAGCCAAAUGGGCCUUAGUAGUCUCACAAAAGCCGCAUGCCAACGGAGACUUGACCCUCUACUUGAAAGGAGCUCCGGAACGAGUUCUCGAACGAUGUUCUCAUGUUUUGAUCAAUGGUGAAUCGGUCCCGGUUACUGAACAAUUCAAGAAGGAUUACGGCGAGGCCUAUCAAUACAUGGCUUCUCGAGGUCAUCGUGUCAUUGCAUGCGCUCAACUCUUGCUUCCUGGAGAUCAAUUCCCUCGUGACUUUGAAUUCAGCAAGAAGGACGACAACUGCCCCACUGAGAACCUAUGCUUCGUCGGAUUGAUCUCCCUUGAAGAUCCUCCCAAGCAUGGUGUCCGAGAGGCCAUCGGUCAGCUACGGUCCGCUGGAAUCAAAGUUGUAAUGGUUACUGGUGAUCACCCCCUUACAGCUGAGGCUAUCGCGCGAAAAAUCAACUUGGUCAUCGGUCACACGAAGGAGUCGCUUGCCAAGGCCACCGGUCGACAAGUUGAAGAGAUCCACGAAGAUGAAGUCGACGCAGUCGUUGUUCACGGUGAUGCUAUUGACUCCCUCCAAGGUUGGGAGUGGGACACCAUCCUCAACAAGACCGAAAUCGUCUUUGCCCGCACGUCGCCUAAGCACAAGCUGGAGAUUGUCAAACGCGCUCAGGCCUUGGGACACAUUGUUGGAGUCACUGGUGAUGGUGUGAAUGACUCGCCUGCUUUGAAGAAGGCAGAUUUAGGAAUUGCCAUGAAUAUCAGUGGUAGUGAUGUCUCCAAAGAAGCCGCCAACAUGAUUCUACUAGACGACAAUUUCGCAAGUGUGGUGGAUGGGGUCCGGGAAGGCAGACUCAUCUUCACGAAUUUGAAACGAAGUAUCCAGUAUACCGUGACCCACUCCGUCCCCGAAGUCAUCCCCCAGCUUCUCUACGUUAUCGUCCCGAUCCCCCUACCGCUGUCUGCUAUCCUGAUUCUGGUCAUUGACUUGGGAUUCGAAUUAUUUGCUGCGCUGUCUUUCGCUUGGGACUGUCCCGAAUCGUCUGAAGUUUUAAUGACUACCAUGCCUCGCAAGCCCGUUACUGACCGAAGCAUCAUGCAACUGAAGAAGAAGGCUCUCAGACGUACCCGGACUAACCACAUGGAUGUAGAAGCAGGCAACGAAAAACCUCAAUCCCGCAUCGGUCACGCUCUACGCAAUGCCGUAGACAAUGUCAAGAAGCCGUUUUCCAAAUGGUGGUGGGAUGAUCUACUUGAGAAAUCUGACGGUGAAGCUUUGGUUGAUGGCUCCCUACUUAGUUACUCUUACCUCCAGGCGGGGAUGAUUGAAACCGUUGGGUGCAUGAUGGCCUACUUUGUCAUUUUCAAUUACAACCACUUCACCCCUCGCGACCUCCAACUCGCGCAGAAAGCCGGGAUUUACUUCACGGACAAGUCUCCUCCUUACACCAACCUCGCCGGUCGGGUGAUCGACAGCACAGAUCAAACUGAGGCGUUGGCCCAAGCACAGGGCAUGUUCUACAUGUCCAUCUUCCUCAUGCAAUGCUUCAACAUGUUUGCCGUCAAAGCCAAACUCAAAUUCCCAUUCGGCAAGGCGGCCAUCGGCAACAAGUGGAACUUCGUCGGUGCCUUGGCUGGUGCAGUACUUGCAGCAUUCAUCAUUUACGUGCCCCCGUUGAGAGUGGUCUUUGGCGCCAGUCACCGAAUCUUGCCCUUGUUCUGGCUGAUUCCUAUUGCCUUCGGUUUCCUCAUUCUCUUAUGGGCCAGCGGCAGAGUCUUGGUUCUGCGCAAGAAGCUUUUAUCAUCAAGCGUCAAGCCUCCCAAAGGACUCAUGAUGCAUCCUACCAAACGUACCAUGUCAAUUCGGUCGACUUCGGCUAAACGACAGUAG